UUUCUCACAAGCCACCCUCUCACUCUCAAUAUAACUUGAUGCAGGACCAAGUCUCGUUGCCACACUCUCUCCAUUUGCCAGCACCAUGAAGGCCAAGGGUCCGAACACCAUCAACCCAAAGCUGCUUCUUCUCGGGUUCUUGCUUGCAUUUCUUCUCCUUUACCUGCUCGCGUCUGGUUACUCAUCCUCACCAACUCCAGAGACCACCUCAGUGGAAGCAUCGGCAGCAACUCGAGUACCUGCAUGCACAAAGAUCCCACCCUCGCUUGGAGAAACCAUCAUCCACUACGCCACCUCAAACAUCACUCCCCAGCAAACCCUGCGAGAGAUCUCCGUCACAGCUAAAGUUUUGGAGCGGAAGUCUCCCUGCAACUUCCUUGUCUUCGGCCUCGGCCAUGACAGCCUCAUGUGGAGCGCACUGAACCACGGCGGGCGCACCGUCUUCCUCGAAGAAGACAAGAAAUGGAUCGAGAGUGUCACACAGAAGUUCCCGACGUUGGAGGCGUACCACGUGAGUUAUGACACGAAGGUGAGCCAGGCCGACGAGCUGUUGGAGUCAGGGAAGUCGACAGGCUGCAUGGUGUUGGAAGACACCAAGUUUUCCAGGUGCCCGUUGGCACUGACCAAGUUGCCGGAUGUGUUCUAUGAGGUGGACUGGGACUUGAUCAUGGUGGAUGCACCCACCGGCUACUUCCCACAGGCGCCGGGGAGGAUGGGCGCAAUCUACACGGCGGGCAUGGCAGCUCGAGGGAGGAGGAGGGAGGGGGAUACCGAUGUUUUCGUGCAUGAUGUGGAUAGAGCGGUGGAGGAUAAGUUCUCAAAGACCUUCCUGUGUCAGGGUUACUUGAAAGAAGAGGAGGGAAGGAUAAGGCACUUCACCAUCCCCAGCCACAGAGCUAAUCCAGAGAUCUCAUUCUGUCCUUCAUAAGGCGGUUGAGAAAAGUGUCAGCAGUAGUUAAAAGGUGGUCAUACUAUUAUUAUUCGUUGUCAUCUUUUGGGAACACUUUUGAGUUAUUUUUUGACUUUAAUAGUUGUGAUCUUUAUGGACCUAAUAAUUCUGCUGUACUCGUUGAACGUAGAUCGAUCUAUGUAUCGUUCAUAUUCUCCGAUAGUGUUUCUGAUAAAAUCAAUCAUUGAUGAA